GCAGUGAAGUUAUUUUUGUUGAUUACAUACCGCACUCCCGGACGGCACGACAAACGACAGAUUCUCUCUCGUUAAAUUUUUCAAGGCCUCAUUCGAAUUGACAAUUAUUGCCACGCAAAAAGUGCAGCAGAAUGAACGCAAAGACUUCCAGUGAAGCUGAUCAGCUGAAAAUCCUUCCUCUUCGGUCCCUGGAUGACUUCAUACUCGGCUCUGCACGCUUUCAGGUGCCAGACUUCAAGGACCUGGACAAGUGGGCGCGUCGAAUGCAGAGCAACCUGCUCUACUACCAGACCAACUACUUCGCCGUAUUCGCAGUCAUUUUCCUUUUGCUCUGCUACAUCGACCCUCUCAGGGUGCUGAUGGGCUCCACCCUAAUCGUGGUCACCCUGUUGAGCUGCGCCCGCCUCGCCACCGAAGCGUCUGGCCCGACUGUCGGGAUAACUGUUGUUCUGGCCGGCCUCUGUCUCUACUACUACUCCUCGCUGGCGUACGCCUUGCUCUCGCUACUUGUGCCCACACAAGUAAUUUUGGUGCACGCGUCUCUGCGCUUGCGGAAUAUCAAGAACAAGUUGACGAACAACGUGCUGCCUCUAGACAAAACACCUAUGGCAUUGAUCAUCCAGAGGUUCGGUUUGCAAGUAGAAUGACUCGAAUCGGUCCCUAUACCUUAGACUAAAUCCGAGCUAAGAUUAUUUUGUAAAACUGAAAAGAGCAACUUUCAAUGAAAUGAACUGUAUUAUUACAUUUUAAACGAUUUUUUUCCUUAAAUUAUUAAUACGCUUUCAUAUUUACAAGCAUGUAUUUUUAAAAAAGGUAAAAGCUGCUUAAAAUUAAGAUCCAAUUUUUCAAGAGUAAAAUAAUGCCCAGAAAUUAAAUAGUUCCUUAAUUAGUGCUUGAUAUUGCGAGAGUAAGCCAUGAACAUUAAUCUGAUGCUAAGCCAUUUCAGCUAAAAAUUUAUAUGAUAUUUAAUAUAAUAGAGUUAAGACAAUGACAAAUCCUUAUACUUUUCUUUUCUAUAUUUAGAAUUUAUCCGAGUCUUGUGGUUUUCAAAUGAAUGUUUUCCUGCUGGAAAUAUUUAUCUUUUCCCUCUCAUGCCUGGAGAAUAAACGUUGGUCACAUUGUAUGCCAUUAAUGUCGAUAUUUUGAUUGAAAAUUCAAUAAAUUUUUUAUCAUUUCCCAUCAA